AUGCGUGUCCAAUUUUCCAUUUUUCUCUAUUUGAUAUCCUUUGCGAUAACCUUUGUCGGCCCUGCUCAUGCUGAUUGUGGCGCCGUUUUAGACCGGUUCAAAGAAGUCUCAAGCGAGUCCGAAAAGAUCUUCCUAGACCUGUGCAAAAAGAAGUGCAAUCCAACAUUCAAAGAUUGGCCCUGGUUCGAGAAAAAAGCUAUGAGAGAGGUGAACAAAAUGUUUGGCGGAAAAGUUCCUGAACAGUUCCCUGGUCUCUUCAAGGAGCUAAAGGGCAAUCUUGCGAAAGAUAAGUUAACCAAAUCAGAAUCUUUUUGCAAGAAGUCGACAAGGGAGCAAGCUCUUAAAAUCAGUAAAGACACUAUCAUGCCAAAGAUACCUAUGCUUAUGGGACUCAUGAGCGAGUGCGAGAAAAUCCUCAAGUAUCUCGACGACCCGAAAACCUUCUCCAGUUGGAGAAAAAUGGCAAAUGAAUAUGCGGUAUAUGAUAAAUGUCUGAAGUGA